AUAAAAGGACCACGAGCAGCAGCUCCCCUUCAGUCUUGUCAGAGCUCUUGCUGAGAAAGCACCACUGUGGUUGGACACCCAAGUGAGAUUGAAAAAACCCUUUUUUUCACUCCAAUGAUGAACAGAAAAAAUAUGUCGUGGUACGACAUGUGGGUCAACCAAGUAGAAGUGGAUUAUGAUUUAGUCAUCGAGCAGGAAUUUGUUGAUUUUCAACGCCCAAUUAAGGCAGAACAACCCCUUACUUUCGCUGAAUUGAUGAACAGCAAAAACAUCUGCUGGCACGACUUGUGUGUCAACCCCGUUGAAAUGGAUUAUGAUUUAGUCAUCGACUUUGGUUCCGAUAGUGAGGACGAAAAGUCAGAUCUGUCUAAAACUGAAGAGAUGGCGUCUCAGGUGUCAGAUCAAACAUCCGUCUUUGGUGCUGAGAAAGAGUCACUUCCUAAUGAGACUCAUUUAUCUGCUGAACUGAAGAUCUCUGAAUCUCAAACAGUUGUCCCAAGACCUCAGACGGUUCAGCAGGAAUUUGUUGAUUUUCAACGCCCAAGUAAGGCAGAACAACCCUUUACUUUCGCUGAAUUGAUGAACAGCAAAAACAUCUGCUGGCACGACUUAUGUGUCAACCCUGUUGAAAUGGAUUAUGAUUUAGUCAUCGACUUUGGUUCCGAUAGUGAGGACGAAAAGUCAGAUCUGUCUAAAACUGAAGAGAUGGAGUCUCAGAUGUCAGAUCAAACAUCCGUCUUUGGUGCUGAGAAAGAGUCACUUCCUAAUGAGACUCAUUUAUCUGCUGAACUGGAGUUCUCUGAAUCUCAGACAGUUGUCCCAAGACCUCAGACGGUUCAGCAGGAAUUAGCUGAUUUUAAAAGCAGCCAAACUGAUGAACUUCUGAAACAAGUGGAUUAUUUGAAAGAAAAACUGCAGAAUAUAAAUACUUGUUUCAAUCAGGAGAAGGAAAAGAGGAUUGCUGCAGAGAACCAGUGUGAAAAACUGGAGGAACGACAUUUGGGCUUAGAAGCGAUGUUAAGCAGAGAAAAAGAUGAGAAAAGCAAUGCAGAAAAGAAGUUUCUUGACAAGCUGGAGGAAUUAAAGGAGCAGCUUUCAGAAAAGAACGUUUUCAUCGAAAAUCUGCAAACAGAUUUAGAUCAAGAACGUCGGUUCAGACUCGUUAGUGUCCAGGAGCAGAAGAACGCCCAGCAUAAAGUCACUGUUAACGAGAACUAUAAGAAGGAAUUGAACGAUCUUAAGAAAUGGAGUGGUGACCUCUUUGAGAUGCUGGACAACGUUGAAACGGAUCGGACGAACAGAGAGAGUAAACUUCUGGAAGAGCAAAAUUAUUUUAAACACCAGCUCAAACAGAAGAAUCUAAUCUGUGAAGAUUUAGAGAAACGUUUGAACAAAGAAAACGAGCUCCGUCUGACCUGUGAGGAAGAACUCAAAGAAACUAAAAAUCGAAUGAGUUCAAUGAACGGAAAAAUGUCCGUCUGUGAAGAACUUAGCAGCAGUCUGGACAUGGAGAAGCAGCUCAGAGUUAGCUACGAGGCUCAGCUGGACUCUAACAGGACGAUAGUCUGUGAGAAUUCAGAUCUUAAAGAGCAGAUCAAAGAUCUGACUCAGAGCAACUCAGAACUCAGACUGGUCGUGGAAAACCUGACCGCUGAGAACGCUGCUUCUCACCAGGAGUUGGCUGAACAGCAGGAGAGAGUCAAACAUCAACUCCAAGAUAAAACGGUCAUCUGUGACCUUUUGAAACAAGUGGAUCAUUUGAAAGAAAAACUGCAGAACAGAAAUACUUGUUUUAAUCAGGAGAAAGAGAAGAGGCUUGCUGCAGAGAACCAGUGUGCGCUUUACAAGGAGCAAACUAAAGAGAUGGAGAACGGUUUGGUUCAGCAGCAACAAAAGCUGGUGACCUUAGAAAAGAAGUUACAGGAGCAGAAAAACGUGAAUAAAGAUUUACAAAAAAUCUGCUCAGAUCUAAAAGGUGAGACAGGCGAGUCUCGUUUUUCUGGAGUCUCGAGAAACGAUCUGAUCGAGAACUUUGAAAAGCUGGAGGAACAACAUUUAGGCUUAGAAGCGAUGUUAAGCAGAGAAAAAGAUGAGAAAAGCAACGCAGAAAAGAAGUUUCUUGACAAGCUGGAGAAUUUAAAGGAGCAGCUUUCAGAAAAGAACGUUUUCAUCGAAAAUCUGCAAACAGAUUUAGAUCAAGAACGUCGGUUCAGACUCGUUAGUGUCCAGGAGCAGAAGAACGCCCAGCAUAAAGUCACUGUUAACGAGAACUAUAAGAAGGAAAUCAAAGAUCUUAAGAAAAGGAACGGUGACCUCUCUGAGAUGCUGGACAACGUUAAAACGGAUCUGAAGAACAGAGACAGGAAACUUCUGGAAGAACAAAAUGAUUUUAAGCAUCAGCUCAAACAGAAGAAGCUAAUCUGUGAAGAUUUAGAGAAACGUUUGAACAAAGAAAACGAGCUCCGCCUGACCUGUGAGGAAGAACUCAAAAAAACUAAAGAUCAAAUGAGUUCAAUGAACGGAAAUCUCAAGAAGGAGAUCAAUGAUCUGAAACAGAAGAACUUGGAGCUCAGUCAGAUGCUGAGAGGUGGUCAGGCUGUAGAAACUAAAUCAGAUCAGAUGUGUGAGGAUCUGCAGAAGUUUAAACAGCUGCUCCAUGAAAAAAUGUCCGUCUGUGAAGAACUUAGCAACAGUCUGGACAUGGAGAAGCAGCUCAGAGUUAGCUUCGAGGCUCAGCUGGACUCUAACAGGACGAUAGUCUGUGAGAAUUCAGAUCUUAAAGAGCAGAUCAAAGAUCUGACUCAGAGCAACUCAGAACUCAGACUGGUCGUGGAAAACCUGACCGCUGAGAACGCUGCUUCUCACCAGGAGUUGGCUGAACAGCUGGAGAGAGUCAAACAUCAACUCCAAGAUAAAUCUGUCGUCUGUGAAAACCUGGAAACAGGUUUCACCAACGAACAGAAGCUCAGACUCCAGCUGUACCAGCAACUCCAGGAAACUUCUGGCCUGUGUGAGAGCCUGGAAAACCAGCUUAGAGACGAGCAGAAGAUCAGACUUGGUUUGGAGACUGAGCUCGCCCAAAACAGAGACGUGGGCAGUGCAGGUCAUGAUGAUCUGAUGACCAAACUAAAAGAGAUGGAGGAAAAAGAAACAAAACUCUGUAAAGUCGUCGUUAACCUCCAGUUAGAUCUGUUUAGAAGCAAAAAGCAGCACGAGGAAGAGUUGGGAAUCCUGAAGGAACAAGUCUCUGAACUCGAGUCACUGACUACAAAUCUGGAAAGUCAAAAUCUGAUCUUGAAACUAAAGACUGAAUGUUUUAACCCAGAUCAGCAAACCGAAACGAUCAGUGAGCAGAACGUGGACGCUGCAGAAGGAAACAAGAGUCUUCCUGCUGAAAACGACUCUUUAGCAGAAAGCCUCGAGUCCCAGAGAGACGCUCCACACUCAGACACAAAAAAACAGGAAAAAGUUUCUGUGUGGAGGCAUUUCAAGAAAUUUGUAACCCCGGGAUGUCUCCGUCAGCACAAAGACAAACAACCUAGCAACUAACCUCCCUGCUAACAAAUCAGAAAAGGCUAAUUAGAAGACAUCCCAUCUCCUGGUGGCAGUGGGUAGCACUGCUCAGGAUGAAUCUGAGAAGUUAAACCAGCCACUGCCUCCCCAAAGACCCUGUUUAGAUAAAUAAACAAGACACCCACCCACGAUCACAGCCACAUACAGUUGUUGCAACACAUUCUCACUCCCAGCGCGUCAAAAACAAACGCUUGGUCAACCACCCUCCACCUCAGACUCCUGACGCCAAAAGUGUCCUUUUUCGUUACUUAUGUGAGAAAAGGGGGUUUUCCCUUUUCUAACUGCAGAUCCCAAUGCAGCGUAAAACUGACGCGAUGGGAUGUCCGCAGCCAGGGCAACAAACAAGCUCAUUGUACCUCACCCUAACCUUAUCCUCUUAUUUAACCUUCCCCUCACCCCUAUCCUAACCUUAACCAUCUUGCUAGCUAACAUGUUAGUGAUGUGUCGAUGCUCUAAAAGUCGGCUCUGUGAAGUGAACGGCGGGAGCCGGCUCGUCAUUGGUCAAGUUUGGACCGAGCCAACGCGAGGGGGAAGUUUCACCUACCAUGGUGGAGGUUAAAAGUAGAGGGUAUUUGUAACCUCCCCCUCGCCAGAUGGUAUGUUCUAACGUUCCCCUUGGGCGGCAAAUACGAAAACUCACAGUCAGAAUGCAUGGGAAACAAAUGCUUGAUCACAGUGAGAGUAAUGUUUUAGGUAGCAAGAGGGUUAAGGUUAGGAUGAGGGUGAGGGGAAGGUUGUAAAUAGUGAAACUUUAAGGUUUAGGUGCGGUUAAAUGAGCUGGUUCGGUGCCGCAUCAGCGGAUAUCCCAUCGCGUCAGUGUAACGCUGCACUGGGAUCUGCAGUUAGAAAAGGGAAAAACCCCUGUUUGCACAUAAGUAACGAAAAAGGGCACUUUUGGCGUCAGGGGUCUGACGUGGAGGGUGGCUGACCAAGUGUUUUUUUUUGGCGCGCUGGGAGUGAGAAUGUGUUGGUUGUCGACGCAUGACUGCCCGUUGGCCCCUUGUCAUCUUCUUCCACAUCGUUGAUGUGAGUGCAUACAAUGCAUUCGUGAUGUGGAGAGAGAUAAACAGACUGGAAUGGGGAGAAACUGAGCCGAAGGAGGAUUUUCCUGGAGCAGCUUGGUAAUGCACUGGUGAAACCUCAGAUUGAGAGAAAGCCGUGCCUUCCAAGAGCAUCAACGGCUGCUGUAGCUGUUUUGAGAGACAUACAGACAGAAACAAACACCCAAAUUCCUCCAGUGGCACAAACAGCAGGCAAGAAGCGUGGUAGGUGCCAGGUAAGCCCCACCCUCAAUGACUCUAAGACUAGCAUGACCUGUUUGAAGUGCAAGAAAUGUGUCUGCAAGGAGCAUGCACACACUCUCUACACAUCCUGUGUACAGUAGUGCAAACUAAAAGUUUGACUGUGGGGAUAGAGACUGUUCCAUGUUCUGCCUGAUGUUCUCAUUAUUAUUUUCUGUUUGAGAGAUGGGGGAACUUUCAAACAUGUAAUCCCCCAACACACAAAAAAACAAAAACAAAAUAUA